UCCUCUUGGACGGGUUUCAUGUUGACAUGUGUAAAAAACUACACUUCCCCAAUGUCGUCACGUGCGCUCCCGCCUCCCAUUGGCUGGCGGCGGCAGCCGCAGCCCCAGAGAAUGAAUGAAAUUGAAAUAGCUGCUACAUUACAUGUACAAUACCGGGGUCUGCAGCGUUGCAUUCUAUCAUACUACAGCAAAAUGGCCACAGCGGUACAGAACCACCUCAAAUCGCAAUCUGGAGGUGCAGUCAUCAAGAACAGUCUCGGUGAAGAGUUCUACAAGGAGGCCAUUGAGCACUGCCGCAGCUACAAUGCUCGUCUAUGUGCCGAGCGAUCCAUGCGUCUCCCCUUCCUGGACUCCCAGACAGGUGUGGCCCAAAGCAACUGCUACAUCUGGAUGGAGAAGAACCACCGUGGACCAGGUCACGCGCCAGGUCAGUUGUACACAUAUCCCGCACGCUGCUGGCGCAAGAAGAGGCGGCUAAACAUCCUGGAGGACCCACGGCUCGUACCGAUUGAGUUCAAGAUUGAUUAUGAGGCCUCUCUAAAAAAGGAGGGGGGUAUUCCAGAUGGCCCCGUGCUGGAGUCGCUGCUCGCUGGGGAAACCAUAGACAAGAAGGUGGAAACAAAAGAGGAAGAGCCGAUGAGCGAGUGUCAGAAACUGCUUGUUGGAGAUUUCCCUCAUGAGCUGGAGGUGGAUGAGAUGGAGGAAGAUGUGCCGAAGCGCAAGAACCGUACCAAAGCACGGGCGUAUGGGGUUGGUGGCAUGAGAAAGCGCCAAGAACCACCCGCCAUCGAAGACAGAGACAAGCCUUAUGUCUGUGACAUAUGUGGAAAGCGCUAUAAGAACCGCCCAGGACUGAGUUAUCAUUACACUCACACACAUCUGGCGGAUGAAGAAGGCGAGGAAGACUCAGAACGACACACACUACCCUUUCAACGCAAGAACAACCACAAGCCCAAGAAAGCAGCUGACGGCUCGGUCAUCGCCAACGGAUACUGCGACUUCUGUCUCGGCGGCUCAAAGAAGACCGGCUGUCCCGAAGACCUAAUUUCCUGUGCGGACUGUGGACGCUCAGGCCACCCGUCCUGUUUGCAGUUCACAGUGAACAUGACAGCUGCAGUGAGGACUUAUCGCUGGCAGUGCAUCGAGUGCAAGUCCUGCAGCCUGUGCGGCACCUCUGAGAACGACGAUCAGCUGCUGUUCUGCGAUGAUUGUGACAGAGGCUACCACAUGUACUGUCUGAGCCCUCCAAUGUCAGAACCACCAGAGGGGAGCUGGAGCUGUCAUCUGUGUUUGAGACAACUGAAGGAGAAGGCCUCAGCCUACAUCACCCUCACUUAAUCUGCCGAGGACCCCCCUUCCUGGUCUCCCAAACAUUCCCUCUACCGCCCCCCCCCAUGACAUGUCUGUGCGUGCCUCGGCCGGCCCCUUCUCCAUGAUUUGACUCACCUUUCACAGAAACCAACGACUCUGCAUCUAUUCUAGAAUGUCUCUUCAGAGGAGAAGUAACCUCUAGCGUCCAUUUGUGUCACUCACACUCCUUGCUGUUGAUGGAUGACCCUUUCCGACGUCAUGACACACACACACAUCUACACACACCUACACACACCUACACACACCUACACACUUCCUCUGGCUCAGACGAAUUCAUCAGCCAGCAAUAGGUUUGCUCCAAAGACACACACUCCAGCCUGCCAAGGGCACUUUGGAGCAACACAACACCACUGGAGAACCUCUUAAGAGCCCUCAGAAGAGCCCUAAUGAGCUUUGGCUGCAACUCAGUCAAGUAGUGAGUGAGAAUUAACAAGAUGGAUGGCCACCAGGUAGAAGACGUGACUUGGAAGACGCCGGACAACAAUGGAGCAGAUUGUUGUAGUCGUAAAAACUGUGGAAAAUAAACUUUACCCCCCAUUAAAGUUGGCAGAGUCCACUUCCUGGAUGGGCUUUUGCCGCUCCGGGCGCUUCCCGAUAAUUGUACAGAAUUCCGACUGAUUCUAAAACUCUUGUAGAGAGAGAAGCAUUUGGAGAUUGAACCACUGCACCCUGCAUGGGAUUCCCACAGACUUUGGAAUGGAUGAUGAAGGUUCUAGGAUUUGUGGAAUAAUCAGCUAUCUCUCAUGAAAAAUGACAAUUUCAGCUUUGGAUGUCCUUUGGAGAUAAUGACUGAAGACCACCAGGCGCUUGGUGUGUAUUGUCGGUGUGUUGUGGAAAAUGCAGGAUUUUUUUUAACAUUUAUGAUUUGUUUUUGUAUUAUUUUUAAUUUGCAUGUUGUAAGUUCAAGUACCUCUGGAUCUUCUCCACGAGUGAGUGAAGGCCAGAGCAUGAGAUUGACAGGCGGAUAGGCACGACGAUUUAAUUUACCAGUGGAUCUCCAUUCCUGCCCUCACCUUAGGGUCGUUAGCAUAUUCAUAAUUAGCUGAAAUGGGUUUCCUCUGCAGGGUGGGUGGAGCUACUGGCUCCUUACUGGCCUGGUAAGAUGUUCCGGGCGUUGGUGGCUGAAAGGAAGCCCCGUAUUAGACGUUAUGCUGACACAGCUGGCCUGAGAACCCCCCCGGGUGGAAGUCUGGGCUUCCCUACCGACGCUUCCGGCCUUGAUAAUUGUACUCCAAAAAAAAAGCACACUUCAUUCGCAAUCAUGUGACUGUGAUAAGAGCUGUUUUGGCCAAAUGAGGAGUGUUUUUGUGUGUCUGUGCGUGUGGAUGUGACCAGUGCAGUAGUUGUAGCUAACGCCACUCUCAGUGGGAGCAACGUGUGUAGGAGGGAUGUCAGUUGAAUGUGAGGAAAACCCAACGUUUUCCGGUUUGUGCAUUCCAGCAGUGAUGGAGAUGAGACAAAGUCAUUGCUUUUACCAGGAAAUGUCACAGGUACUGUUCAUAGUACUGUAUAGUUAUGGGUCAGUCUCCUGAAAGGGGUACCAAGAAUCAUGGUAAUGGUAAUGGUAACGGUAACGGUAAUGAUAAUGAUAAUGGUAAUGGUAAUGAUUUAAUUUCAUUAGAACAUGCAUCAGAUUACAAUUGAGUGCAUCCCAUAAUCAGUUCCCAGUUCCACAUGUCCAAAAGGAGUAGGAAGAAGCAAAGCUUAUUAAAUCCUACCCCUCCAUCUGGUACUUUUACAAUCACUAACUGUUAUAUUUGUUCACUUCCUGCCUUUCUAAUAUAAUUCAAUUUUUUUUAUUAUUAUUUUUUAAAUAUUUUUAAUUUCAUUUUUUGUGUUUUUUUUUGUCACGUACUGAAGUACAAGGUGAUGUGACCUUACAAUGACAUUUUUUAUUUACAUUUUUUUUAGUUUUUUAUUAUUUAAAAAAUCAUUACUAUAAAUUGUUUUAAAAAAUUAUAAAACAUUUUUAAAAAUUAAAAUAUAAAAAUUAAAAUAUAUAUAUGUUUUAUUUGUCACGUACCGAAGUACAAGGUGAUAUGACCAUACAAUGACAUUUUUCUUAUUUUUUAAAAAUUACAUUUUUUUUAAUAUUAUUUUA